UAAACAGCCGUAUGCAGAACCAUGAAGUGAGUGCAUGUAGAAGUUUACAAUGAAGUGGAGGAAUUAUGAAUAUUAUAUUUAUUGUAAGGUUAGCUGUAGGAUUUUAAUGUAGAAAUUUACGACGUAAACACUUUAUAUCGAAAUGGAUGGAUAUGGAGCAUCGUGUGCAUUUCCAGUUAUGUCCGCUGGAAUUGACUUUCGUGCACGUGUGCAGCAGUUUAUGGAGGAGAGGAUGCAGACUACAAUGCUGACAGGCAUGUUGAUCGGGGCCGUGGUGGCCAUGUGCCUUAUAGGCAUCUCUGUGCUCUUCCUCUACCGCAGAUACAAAUUAGCUGGUCAGCAGGCAGGUACACCUCGAUACCGCUUCAGGAAAAGAGACAAGGUUCUCUUCUAUGGGAGAAAGAUCAUGAGAAAGGUCCAGACUCUGUCCUCUACACCCUUGUCUUCUACUUCAGUCUCUAAACUUCGCCCUCGGAAAAGACCUAAAGUCUUGAGUAUAGCUCGAAGGAUCUUGAGGAUAAAGAAGGAGCCCCCAACCCUGCAGCCCAAGGAGCCUCCUCCCUCUCUGCUGGAGGCAGAUCUUACAGAGUUUGACGUGCAGAACUCCAACUUGCCGUCUGAAGUCCUUUACAUGCUUAAGAACGUCAGAGUGCUAGGUCACUUUGAGAAACCUCUGUUUCUCGAGCUCUGUCGACACAUGGUGUUUAUUGAGCUGCAAGAGGGAGAGGGACUGUUCAAGCCAGGAGAUGAUGAUGACAGCAUCUAUGUGGUGCAGGAUGGGAGACUAGAGUUAUAUAUCCAUGAAAACGAUGGCACAGAGCCUGUGGUGAAGGACGUGCUGCCCGGAGACAGCGUUCACAGCCUGCUCAGCAUUCUAGACAUCAUCACAGGUUAUCCUGCUCCGUAUAAGACUGUGUCUGCUCGAGCAGCAGCGCGCUCCACCAUCCUGCGCUUGCCUGCCUCUGCCUUCGAGGCUGUGUUUGAGAAAUAUCCAGAAACACUAGUGAGAGUUAUACAGAUCAUCAUGGUUCGGCUGCAGCGAGUGACCUUCCUUGCCUUGCAUAACUACCUGGGACUAACCACUGAACUCUUUAAUCCCGAAAGACAGGCUGUGCCUCUGACUGCAGUCAACAGCGCGAUCACUGAGGGAAGCCCAGGCCGCGUCCCACGCAGACCUCAUUUACACACGCAGUCAGACGAAGAUUACGGCCAAGGACCUGCAGAUUCGACAGACUCAGAUGGAGGGAAAACGGCUUCUUCAGAGAAUUUGUCCACAGUUAUCAGGAAACCUCGCUCUGUCUCAGCACCAGUAGACAGCACAGGGAUAUCUGGUAACGACCUGAACAUGGCAUAUGAGCGAGCAAGAGUGACCAUGGAUGAUCCACUUCCCAGCCCUGUUCACUAUAAGUCCAUUCUGAAGAAGACCGUGACCAUGCAUCAAGCUCCAUCUGCAGUAUAUCAUUACACAGACAGCGGCGGGAGCUCCGAUGUUCCUCCCAGUAAAGUGGGUGCAAUCUUUCAAGCAGCCAAAAAAGACCUAUUGGGGAUUAUACAACUCCAGGACCCCGGUUUAUUAGAGGGCAGAGUGACUCUGCACCAGGUGAAAGCCGGAGCUGUAGUGGCACGUCAGGGAGACCAGGAAGUGAGUGUGCAGUUUGUGAUUUCAGGUUUACUGCAUGUGUACCAGCGGAUGAUCGAUCGUGAGGAGGAAUCUUGCCUGUUUGUGACUCACCCUGGAGAGCUGGUGGGUCAGCUGGCUGUGCUCACAGGGGAACCACUCAUCUUCAGUGUGCGCGCUCACCGUGACUGCACCUUCCUGUCCAUUUCCAAAACUCAUUUUUACGAAAUCAUGCGUGCAGAACCUAAGGUCGUGCUAAAUGUAGCUCACACCGUAGUGCGCAGGAUGUCCCCAUUUGUCAGACAGAUUGACUUUGCGCUCGACUGGAUGGCUGUGGAAGCCGGCCGAGCAGUCUACAGGCAAGGUGAUAAGUCCGACAGUACCUUCAUAGUUCUGAGCGGACGCUUGCGUUCGGUCAUUUUGAAGGAAGACGGGAAGAAGGAACUGACUGGAGAGUAUGGUAGAGGAGACCUAAUAGGAGUGGUGGAGGCUCUGACCCAUCAGAACAGAGCCACUACAGUACAUGCUGUUAGAGACUCUGAGCUAGCUAAACUGCCAGAGGGAGCACUCAGCUCCAUCAAGAGGAAGUUCCCUCAGGUAGUCACACGACUCAUUCAUCUGCUCGGGCAGAAGAUCCUUCAGCAGGUUAACGGGCCUUUAUCAGCCCGUAGUCUGUCUCUGCACACUCCGUGCAGUAAGUGGGAUGCUGGCAAUCCUGCCUCCAACCUGGCCACCGUGGCUGUGUUGCCUGUAUCUGAGGAAGUUCCUCUGACCGCGUUCACCCUGGAGCUGCAGCAUUCUCUCAUUGCAAUCGGUCCCACUCUCCUCCUGAACAGUGACAUCAUUAAACAGAGAUUGGGCUCUGCAGCAUUGGACAGUGUGCACGAGUACAGGUUGUCGAGUUGGCUCGGCCAGCAAGAGGAUAUUCAUCGUAUUGUCCUGUACCAAACCGACAGCUCUCUCACACCCUGGACACAGCGCUGUAUCCGCCAGGCUGACUGCAUCAUCAUCGUUGGGCUUGGGGAACAGGACCCAGCAGUGGGCGAGCUGGAGCGGAUGCUGGAAGGAAGUGCAGUGAGGGCUCAGAAACAGCUGGUUUUGCUGCAUCGAGAGGAUGCGCCUCCACCCACGGGAACCGCCGAGUGGCUCAACAUGCGCAGCUGGAUUUCCAGACACCUGCAUCUCUCCUGCCCCCGUAGGGUCUUCUCUAAGAGGAGUCUGCCCAAACUGAGAGAGAUGUACCAGCGUGUGUUCCAAAAGCCUGCAGACCGCCACUCUGAUUUCUCACGUCUGGCACGAGUCCUGACUGGCAACGCCAUCGCUUUGGUACUGGGAGGUGGAGGAGCCAGGGGCUGCUCUCAGGUGGGUGUCUUGCGAGCACUUCACGAAGCUGGGAUCCCUGUAGACCUGGUGGGAGGAACCUCCAUUGGUUCCAUGAUGGGAGCUCUGUACUCCGAGGAGCGCAGCUACAGCAGGAUGAGGAUCCGAGCCAGGGAGUGGGCUAUGGAGAUGACAUCAGUUUUCAAGAAGAUUUUGGAUCUAACCUACCCCAUCACCUCCAUGUUCUCUGGAGCAGCCUUUAACUCCAGCAUCAACGGCGUCUUCAAAAAUAAGCAAAUCGAGGAUCUGUGGAUCCCUUAUUUCAACAUCACCACUGACAUCACUGCAUCUACCAUGAGAGUGCACACUGAUGGCUCUCUGUGGCGUUAUGUUCGUGCCAGCAUGUCUUUGUCUGGUUAUCUUCCUCCUCUGUGUGACCCCAAAGACGGACACCUUUUAAUGGAUGGAGGUUAUAUCAACAACCUGCCAGCGGACGUGGCACGGUCCAUGGGAGCUAAAGUUGUGAUAGCCAUCGAUGUGGGCAGCCAAGACGAAACCAAUCUAACCAACUAUGGAGAUUCCCUGUCUGGCUGGUGGCUGCUAUGGAAACGGCUCAACCCUUUGGCCGAGAAAGUCAAAGUGUUGAACAUGGCUGAGAUCCAGACUCGGCUAGCAUACGUGUGCUGUGUGAGGCAGCUGGAAUCCGUCAAGAACAGUGAUUAUUGCGAAUAUAUCCGACCUCCCAUCGACAGAUAUCGCACUCUCGAGUUUGGAAAGUUUGAUGAAAUUGCUGAGGUUGGCUACCAGCACGGGAAGACCGUGUUUGACGUGUGGUGCAGGAGCGGAGUGGUGGAGAAGAUGCUGAAGGACAGGCACCAAGAGGAGUUCCACAACACCCACAAAAACAAUAUGGUGACUUGUCCAAAUGCUUCCUUUACUGACCUGGCAGAGAUCGUCUCCCGUAUUGAGCUUGUCAAACAAACACUCAUUGAUGAGGAGUCGGACUAUCACACUGAUUAUGAGGAGGAGCUGGUGGGAAGUGCUCUGUCUGAUAUGGAGCCCACCAGCUACUGCAGUGAGCACACGGAGGAGGAGCUGACUGCUGAUACGGAUGAAGAUCUGGACAGAGUUCACAGUCAUCUCAAUUCAGAAGACUCGAGUGGAGCAGGUUCUUCUCAGCCACAGCACAAUACAAACCCUCACAGAUCUCCAACGCUCAGAGCCAGAAAGGUACAAGAAGAGUGACCGCUCAGCUGUGACCUUUGGCCACUGACGAGACCAAAAAAAAGGCAGAAGUCCUCAAGACACGACUCGUUUUUUCUGUUCAGCGUGUUAAAAUGUCCCUACAUUAUCUACAACAGAAUGCAUUAAUAAUCAUAACAGGACUUUUGAUUAAAAAUGCACAAGCAGUCAGAUGGGCAUAGGCAGAUUUGACCUUGUAUUAGGAUUGUAACAGCUUCCUCAUUCCUUACGCCGUGUCCGUGCAGUGUGUAAAGUCUAACAGGAGAUUCGUGAGACUCGCACUCUUACCCCAUCACUGUGAACCUUUUAAAGACGACAUCCUCAAGCAUCACUAAGUUUGCUCACUCAGCAUUUUGUAACCGUGUAUUAGAGCAGAACCAUUCGUUUAUGAACAUUUUACAUGCUACUUAUGCUGUUCUUCAGCCCAGCCUCGAGGUACCGAGGCAUUUAUUUUCACCACUACAGUAUAAAUAUGCAGCAGUGAAAGCACAGAACAUUUCAACUUCCACGUCUCAGUGCUGACUUUCAGACCUGUAGCAUGUCAGAUAUCACGUACAUGUAUCGUGACGUUUGCUGUUAGAACGACUGACUCUGUACAUUCCAAACCUAAGCAUAUCAAUGCAAUGGUUUUUUUUUUUACAUUUGUGUAACUGUAUUGUUAGAUGUUUUGUAUGUGCUCAGCAGUGCCUUUCCUCUUGCUCUUCUUGAUCCAAGUAACCACUCAAGAGCAUUUAUCUCUGAUUCCUUUAGCACUCCUUCCUAUCAGUGAGUCCAAACUACUACACUAACAGUCUAAUCUUACAAGUGCACUAGGUUUUUUUUUGUUGUUGUUGUUUGUUUUUCUAACACACCGCGAUGUAACCGUAACAACCGUAAGACACUUUGACGCCUUAAUUAUGCACUCCUGGUCUGUUUGACAUUUAAAAUUGUCACAUUAAGUCUGUUGUUAGUCACAUCUUCGACAUUUACUUACAUUUACUUCACAUUUCAAAUAAUGUUCAGUUAUCUGGCAAAAUAUGUGAGACACUAAUUACUAAUAAAGUGCAAUUAACUCCUCUUUGGAUGCUUAAUGAAAAGCGAUACAAUCAUGUUGUGGAAAUCGCUACCCUUCUGACCUGUAAUAAUGUCCAUGUGAGACGUUUAUAUUAAUGAUCAUCUUCUUUAGAUCUUGUUAGAUAUGAACUCUUAAAAAUGCCCGACUUACAGCAGGAGCACUGAGGAUCCGCGUUUGUCUGACUUAAUAGCCUGAAAUAGCAUACGUCAGGAGCCAUGUUAGCACGGCGCUAAUUAUGGAGAUGAAUGUCUGAGUUCUGAGGAAAGUCAGUGGGCACGCUGCCUAAUGGGAACGCUAAGGUCUUCGAUCACUGUCUGUUAUCCUCUUUGCUACUUAUUUUGAUCAAAUCUGUUUAUGCAGGAUGAUGUGGUUUUUUGUUUCUUGACUGAGAUGGAAAACAGGUACUCGGCUAAUAAAAUAAAUGGCUGUAUAUCAUUACAACCUGC